CGAUGAUUUAAUUUUUAAGUUUAAACGCUGAUUUUGUACCACAGAAAAAAUAAAAAAAAGCCCUGCGUCAAGUGUUGCAAACAAAACGAUAAUCACAUUACCAUAUAUACAUACAUGCAUAUCGACAUAUAUGUGCGAAUCAAUAAAUUUGAACAAUUUGCAAUAUUCAAAUAGAGCAAAAGAAACGAACAAAUUUAGCGCAACGAAAGGAAACGCCUGUAAUAAAUGCAGUAAAAAUCGAAAGUUUUAUGUGAUUUCAAAUCAUAUAUAUAUAUACAUAUGUAUUUAUAUGAGAAUGUGCAGCAGAGUUGGUAAAUUCUAUUUUGCUCUAACGACUCGUUCGCUAUUAUGUGAUUCAUAUUGAGUACAUACAUACAUACAAACAUACAUGCAUACAUACAUCAGUUUUUGGGCGUUCAGAAGACAAGCCGAAUUAUAUAUUUAUAAAUAGCAGAGCGCUCGCCAAACGGAAAUCAUAUUGGUCCAAUACGAACAAAUAAUACCCAUCCAUUUGUAUAGCAAUAUUUAUUUGUUAAAAAAAAACGACGUCAUACCGCAUCCAACUAGCGGAAACGGAAGAAUAUAGCCGCACCUCCGCUGCAUAUAUGUAUGUACAGAGAGUCUAGAUACAUAUAGCAUGCAUAUAUGAAUAGUAUGUAUAGUAUACGGCACAUGUGAAUAAUUCGCAAAUGAAUAGAAUUAUAAAUGAUACAUACAUACAUACAUAUACAACGCAGAAUUUGAAGAAAAACAAAAGCGCGUGCAAGAGCAAAACAUAAAAAUAAAUUCAUAUCUAUGCUUAUUUCACAUGCCAGGCCAUAUACCGUAUCUGAGUGUGUGUGUGUGCGCGCGCGUGUGUGUGUGUGUGAGUAAUAGCCAAGAGAACUAGCGAGCGAUCUAAAAAAACGAAGAAACAGAAAUAAAACAACAAAAAAAAAAAAAAAGAAACGAAAAUUACGCGAACAAAUCCAAGAAGAAGCAGCAACUAUAACAAUUGACAACGAGCUAAGAACAAGCGCAAAGCAACAAACCAAAAAUAGGCGCAGCUAACGACGACGUCAGCGUCAACGCGUAUGUGCCGAGCAUAAUUAAACGACACACGAAGAGCGUAUCUAUAAAGUUAAUGAAUAAACACAUAUCUAUACGAAUCACAACGACGACGACGACGACGCGAAACCCAUAACGACGAUAUUUAAUCUAAAAAACUUGGAAGAGAGAUACCGAAUAAGAAGCCACAAAAAAAACAAAAUAGAGUGUGAAGGCAGUUUAACAAUAGCUGAACAGCAACGAAAACCAAACAAAUUAUUGGAUCAAUUUUAUAUUGCAUUAAAAGACCACGCUAAUACUUAUAAAAGGAAUAAAUACUAUUUGUCUUGCAUAUAAGACUACGAAAGCAAAUUAAGCCUAGUUAAUUGUAUUAAAGGGAAGCAAAUACAAAAAAAAAAAACAAAACAAAACAAGAAUUGUGAUAUGUACAACUUUACUCAAAUAUUGAAAAAAACAUAUAUAAGCGUUUAGUUCAAGUAUUCCGAUCUUUAAAGAGACGCAGACGGAUACGUGAAUAAUUCAAGUUUUUCAAAAAACAACAACAAAAACCAAAGAUUAGGGUUCUCAAUUAGUUUAACGCAUAAGAAGAAGAAGCAAGCAGCAGCAACAAUGGCAGAAAAAGUGGAAAUCUCAGCAGCCACAUUUAAUAAUAAUCAACAGAAUGAUGCUCGAAAGGUGCGCAAAUCGCCCGAUUUUCAACCCAUAAUGCCAGGUGUCAUAUCCAGAGAGCGCAGCUUUGUGCGCACCUCAAAUCAACAGAACAUCAACAAAAGGCGCAGUCUGGCGUUCAACGUGCCUGGCAAUCAGUCUGGACAAAUGCGUGGCAAGCCCGCAAUGGAUAUAUACAGACCUCCAAAUGUGCGCGGCUCCGAGUUAGCCGGCGAUGCUGAUGGCGCAGGUGGUGCUGGUGGUGCUAGUGGUGGUGGUGGGUGUGUCUCGAACAAGCUGAACAUAAAUGCCCAGGAGUUCACAAUGACGAGCAACACACGUGCGACGCCACCGGCUGAGGCACUUAACAGUAAUCGUUCGUCCCUCAUCUUCCCAAUGGCUGGCGGCGGGCCUAAUCUUCUCCAGCAACAGCAGCAGCAGCAGCAGCAAUAUGCGAUCCUCAACAGACGCCAGGCGGGGCUAUCGCUGGGCAACAUGCCCGCACUGAACAGCCUCAAGGGUGGCCAUCAUCGUUCCAUCUUGGUGACGCAUCCGUUGACUGGACAAAUACCGCUCAUGAAUUCACCAUCCAGCGGCAAUAUACUUCAUUCGACGAACCGCGUCAAGUUCGCGCCGGAGACCCGGGCACAGAAGUCGGCGCAGCACAAUCAGUACGGCAACAAUAACAAUAUGAAUCACUACCACAAUGGACAGCAACAGCAAUAUCAAGUGAAUGGCAUUGAUCCUUAUCAAAAUGGAGCCGCUUUGCAGCGCUCCAAGUCGUUGUCCUCGGCCGAUGCGCUGACACGUGGCUUGGCCGGCUUGGGUCUGGGCCUGGGCAAUGAGGUGGCCGACAUUGGCCAAUUUACGCCGGAAAUACAGGCACUGAUCGAAACGGCACUGGAGGAUCCCAACAAAUUGAAUUCCCGCUGCCUUAUGGAGCUGACUUCACAGUUCAUCAAGCGCGCCGUCGAGAGUCGACGCUUCGCCUUGCCCAUAUCGCGUCUCUGCCUCAAUAUCAUCGCCAAGGAGCAGAAGGAGACGUUUCUCGAGGCGCUGCUCAACACAUGCCGCCAGUGGUAUCAGGAACGCGAAAAGCUGCUGUUCGCGAUUCAAGGCAUGAAGUCGCCGUCGCGGGUUCGCUUUACGGCUUUCAUGGCAUUUCUUACGGAAAUGUUUUGCCAGCUGAAACGCCGCCAGUUGCAGCUGCGCACCCACAGCGAGGGCACCCCGCCACCCCUGGUGCUGCUCAGCCUGCUGUCCAAGUGCUGCGAGGAUUGUGUGCGUCCUCCAGUGCGUUCCCUAUCCGAGAUUGAGUGCCUGUUCUAUGUUUUGACCUGCAUUGGCCAGGAUAUGGAGCAGCAGCUGCCGCAGCAGCUGGAGCUGCUCAUGUCCCUGGUGCGCGAUGCGUUCCUCAAUGCCGGCGAUGCUGCCGCCUCCAUACGCCGCACCCUGCUCCAGCUGAUCGAGCUGAAGGCCUCCCACUGGCAGCUGCCCGGCAACUCCGUGCUCUACUACACCCAUACCAACAAUUAGUUCGGGAGGGGUUGGAGAAUCGGACGCAAUUUGUUGCAAUACGUAACCAGACAUUAUUAUUGUGGUCGAAUUGCAUUUAGGCGCAGUCCUCAGUGCAAAACGCAACUAUUUAUCGUACUCCGCGCAGUACCAUAGUCCAUAAGCAAUAUUUAUUUUCGGAACCCUAGAUAGAUCGACUAACACCCAGGCAUAAUAAUUAUACACGCACAUUUCUACCAGCCCAAUUCGGCGACAUUUGUGGAAAGCAGCUCAUUUACAAUCACGCGUCCCACUCUGGUAGAACUUAUGAUUCUGCCUAUAUAAGGCUCAAUUUAUACUAUGUGAAUCCAUAUUAUUUAUGUGUAAUAAAUACUACUACUAGUCAAAAAAAAAA